CCAGAGCUCCGGGCGGCGGCGGCGGCGCGGGAGGCGAAGAGGCCGGGGCGCGGGAGCCGGCGCAGCGUCCGCGGCGAGAGCGGCGGGGACGGAACAGCCCAAGACGAAGACGCACAGGCAGCCGCGCCGGGCAGGGCCGCGGGGAGAGCGGCCGCCGGGAAGCGGGCGGGGAGCCGGGCGGGCAGCAGGCAGCCGCCGCCGAGCCGCGGAGCGACAUGGUGCUGAUCAAGGAGUACCGAGUCGUCCUGCCUGUGUCAGUAGAGGAGUAUCAAGUAGGACAGCUGUAUUCUGUGGCUGAAGCUAGCAAAAAUGAAACAGGCGGUGGAGAAGGUGUGGAGGUCCUGGUGAAUGAACCCUAUGAGAAGGACGGUGAGAAGGGCCAGUUCACACACAAGAUCUACCACUUACAGAGCAAAGUGCCCGGGUUUGUUCGAAUGCUGGCCCCAGAGGGAGCCCUGAAUAUACAUGAAAAAGCAUGGAACGCCUACCCUUAUUGCAGAACUGUUAUUACAAAUGAGUACAUGAAAGAAGACUUUCUGAUUAAAAUUGAAACCUGGCACAAGCCCGAUCUUGGCCACCUGGAGAAUGUGCAUAAACUGGAGGCUGAGACAUGGAAACAUGUGGAAACCGUGUAUAUAGAUAUUGCAGAUCGAAGCCAAGUACUUAGCAAGGAUUACAAGGCAGAGGAAGACCCAGCCAAAUUUAAAUCUCAGAAAACAGGCCGAGGACCCUUGGGCCCCAAUUGGAAGCAAGAAAUUUUAAAUCAGAAAGACUGCCCGUACAUGUGUGCAUACAAACUGGUUACUGUCAAGUUCAAGUGGUGGGGCCUGCAGAACAAAGUGGAAAACUUUAUACAUAAGCAAGAGAAGCGUCUGUUUACAAACUUCCACCGGCAGCUGUUCUGUUGGCUGGAUAAGUGGGUUGAGCUGACCAUGGACGACAUUCGAAGGAUGGAAGAAGAGACGAAGAGACAGCUAGACGAGAUGAGACAAAGGGACCCAGUGAAAGGAAUGACAGCAGAUGACUAAAGCCCCUCCACUCCCUUCUGCACUGUAUUUUGCAAGACAGUGGUCAACAGGAAGGCCCAGCAGCUCCACCCUCCCGAGUGACAGGCCAUCUUCGGACGCAGCCUUUCUGUGCCCAUUCUUCAGGCAACUCUCAGUCCCUUACUGUAGCUAAUCCUAGAUGCCCUUUAAUAUUGUGAACAAAUAGACCCUCUGGUAUUAUGAAGCCCCUGUGUGCAGGAGCCUGCUCCUCUGAGAUAUGUGGCGUGGAGGUGACUGUAUUUACAGCUCCUCCCUCUCCAGCCAUUGUGUUCUCAACCCAUUUCUGUGUGCCCCCACUUUAUUUUCAAGUGACAUUGUUAGUCUUUCAAAAUAGCUGCCUUUUGUGAUGUGGUGAUUUAAUCGAUUUAAGUUUGUUUGUUUUCAGCCUUGGGAUAAACUGAAGUAUUUUGCUUCCUGAACAGAUCUUUGCAAUUUUGAGUGCUCACCUGGGGAGAGGGGACGAGGAUGAGUCAGAAAUAGUUUUCCCCCUAGUUCCACAGAACAGCAAUGUAGCUUCAGAGCUCUGACCUCUGCUCCCAGCAACCCACUGUUAGAGUGCUCUAAGCACCAAAGACGUACCCAAGGCCAGCCAGCCUCUGCUUGGAAAAUUUAACAAAUAGAAACAACCCCUGCCCCAGGCACUGCACCUCUGGUCACUAGUCUUAGACGUACCUAUGGGUUCUGAGCCCUCCUGUUGCCCUCUCUGUCUUUGUCUCUGCAGAGUCCAUAUGCCAGGGCCAGCUCUCCUCCUGGAGGGGCCUGUCCAGUGUGACCCUUAGAAUUGAGCCUGCCCUAUAGAUACUGAUUAGCGUGCCCCCCGAGGAGCUCUGUAUGUCCAUGCUCCUGUUCCCAUUUGGGCUGGUGCUGUCACUCAGCAAUAAUCCUUUUCUCUGUGCUUUCUCAGAUUCUUGUCCUCUGUCUUUGAGGCUGGUCAGGACACAAAAGUCCUGAUCUUUUCAUGCUGCACAAAA